AUGUCGUGGACUUACCGGCCUUUCAUCCUGGCUAGCCUUGUCCUACAAAUCUUCUCACAUCCUUAUGACUCAAAGCUUGCCAACUAUAACAUCAACAUCAACCAGGCGGGUGGUAAUAAAAUCCUUUCAUAUUCCUCUGAUUGGCCCGAGAAAAGUACGCGAGGAGGUUACACGCCGAGUCCAACAAACUGGAGGGCACUUCCCACAUACACUGUGCUCCUAGACAAAUUUGUCGACGGAGAUCCUACCAACAAUGAUUAUUUCAAUACUCAGUGGGAGUGGGACUCCAAGGCUAACCAGCUGCGACAUGGGGGUGAUAUCAGUGGAUUUGCUCAAGAUCGGGUACUGGAUUAUAUCUAUGGAAUGGGUUAUAGAUGUAUCUUUUUUGCGGGGACUCCGUGGAUUAACAUGCCGUGGCAAGCCGACGGGUAUUCUGCGCUAGACUUUACCUUGCUGGAUCCUCACUACGGAACUCUUGCGGAAUGGCGGGCCGCGAUUGAUAAGAUACACGCGAGGGGGAUGUAUGUGAUGCUUGAUAUGACCACGACGACUAUGGGUGAUUUGAUUGGAAACUCCAAGUCUUUGAAUGCCUCAACUCCGUUCAGUCUUCAAGGCUAUGAGGUUGAAUGGAAAUAUCCCCCUCACACCCCCUGGGAUCUACAACGCUAUGCGGAUUUCAACUUUACGAAUACCCGCUCAACUUGUCAAUUGCCCAACUUUUAUGACAAUGAUGGCUCUCAAAUAACCUCGGUUCCUCGCAAGCUAGACGGCUGUUAUGCUGGAGAUUUCGACCAAUUCGGUGAUAUUGAAGCUUUCGGUGUGCAUCCUGAUUGGCAACGUCAACUAUCAAAAUUCGCCUCUGUGCAGGAUCGUCUGCGUGAAUGGGACGAUGGAGUUGCAGCAAAACUUGAGCAUUUGGCUUGCAUGACUCUCAAGGCGCUUGAUCCUGACUCGAUUCGAAUAGAUAAAGCUACCCAACAAACUGUCGACUUUGUGGGGAAGUGGGGCGGUGCCGUCAAAACCUGUGCCGCAUCCAUUGGGAAAAACAACUUUUUUAUUCCUGGUGAAAUCACGGGAGGGAACACUUUUGGAUCGUUAUACAUUGGCCGUGGCCGACAGCCCAAGAAUUAUGCCAAUAUUGGUGUGCAAGAGGCAUCUCUCAUUCAAGCCAAUCAGUCGCAGCACUUUAUGAGACCAGUUGGCCAAAACGGACUGGACUCUGCGGCCUUCCAUUACUCUGUUUAUCGCUCGCUGACUAGAUUUUUGAGCAUGGAUGGAAAUCUCGAUGUUGCCUACGACGUUGAGGUCAAUUGGGCUUCGGCAUGGAACCAAAUUUUUGUAUCAAACGAUUUUCUCAACCACCACACCGGUCAAAUCGAUCCGAGACAUUUAUAUGGAACUUCGAAUCAGGAUGUAUUCAGAUGGCCAUCACUGAAGAACGGCACCGCGAAAUUACUUUUAGGACAACUCAUCACUAACUUGGUGAUGCCUGGUAUCCCUCUCGCAUACUAUGGGGAAGAGCAAGACAUGUAUCUGUACGACUCUCAAGCCAGCAAUUAUCUUUACGGCCGUCAAGCAAUGUCAGCUACCCGAGCCUGGCAAACACAUGGUUGCUACAGAGUGGGGUCUCAGCAGUAUUACAAAAUGCCUCUAGAGAGGGCACUUACUGGAUGUCAAGACGAGUGGAACAGCUUGGAUCAUUUCGACCCCACCUCGCCAGUGCGGAAGGUGUUGUCGCACUUUACACAUCUGCGAGCACAAUACCCAGCUUUACAGGAUGGUUUCAAUCUGGCUCAACGUGGAAAUUGGACGUCUUUUGGUCAGCUCCCCGGUUCCAACAUGACGCAGACGGAAUGGGGAUUCUGGAGCGUUACGAGGAGUCCAUCAGACCAGCAACAGUUCACCGGCCCGAAUGGCAACACAACCGUCUGGAUGCUCUACAGUAACUUGAACACGACGAAGACUUUUGAGUUUGAUUGCGGCACCCAACUGUGGAUUUCGGCUCCUUAUCCGGCUCCAUUAACGGUGCGAAAUCUGAUUUACCCAUACGAGACUUACAAUUUGGCCGGGUCCAAGUCGCCCUACUAUCUCGACGGGAAAGCUCCAUACAGAGGCUGUUUGCAAUCCGUUACAAUGGAUGCUUUGGGCUUCAAAGUUCUUGUCCCCGCGGAUAACUGGGUGGCACCUCUACCCCAGCUUGUUCACUUCACUCCCGGCCACGAUGCGCGAAUAUUGUCUCGCUCCGAUACGGAUAGCAACCCAAUCGCAAUUUCACUCUCAUUUUCAGAUGAAAUGUCUUGUCAAAGCGUUUCAGAAUCACUUUCCCUGGCGUAUGUAAUUGACCCGGCUUCAAGCCACCAACCCCGCCUCAACGUCAAUUCCGCAACUUGUACCUCUAUCCCACCAGUCCCGAGCUCUAUUUCGUCGGCUCCAGCGGCUGUCUGGACAUGGUCCAGCCAGAUUGAGGAUGCUCCCGACGGCAUUUACGAAUUGAUCAUCAAGAAUCCCACUAACAAAGCAGGCUUACACACCCAGUCGACUGAUCACCUUUUGAUUCGCAAAGGUUCUCGCGAUAACCCGAUUGCAUUCCAAACAACCUCUUAUUCGAAGAGCUUGCUUCAGAAAGGAUCGGAUGGUUUAUUUCAAAUAUUCUCUAAUGCGGCUGGUGCGGAUCUGAUGCGUUAUUCGACAGACUUUGGAAAAACCUGGAUGAAAUGGCAGCCAUACGCUCGGGCGGUAGGUUUACCUGCGGGAUCGUUUAGCCAGGCCCAAUUUUGGGAAGGAAAUCACAUCCGGGUCCAGUAUUGGUCUAAAUUAGCGGGCUCUGCGGCCCAGACGGUCGAUUCUGACUAUGGCUACAGUGGAACAGACAUUCGCACUGUGCCCCAGCUUUUGCUUCGGGGACCUUUCAAUCAAUGGGGAUAUGACCUUGGGACAAAUAAUGGGUUUACUUCCCGGGAAGGCAAUUGGACUUUUGAUAUUAUGACGAAUUGGCCCAAUUUUUUUCAAGUCACGCCGUUCGACGUGCACGAUGAGCUGUACUAUGGUGACGUCGACGGGGAUGGGGCCUUAGAUUUGCUUCCGCCGAACACACAAGCACCAAAUUACCUCAAUCUAUCCAAGCCGCUGUCUCCAUACCUCGGCUGGAGAAUUAUGGUCAAUCAAACAGACAUGACAUGGAGUGCCCUUCCCAUUGGAGACGAGACCGUCGGGAUCCUUAUUUUCAUCCUGUUGUGCAUCAUCCCGCCUGUGACAGCUGUACUCGCAUGUUGGAUUUUCAGAAGAGCAUUCUACAGCAUAAAGAUCAACAAAUACGGCUUCAAAGAGAAAAAAGGGUUCAGACUAAAUCCUUUUCUGGCUUCGAUGAAAGAAAAAUCACACGAGUUCCGGGCUGGGAAAGGCGAAAAGAGCGAAAUGGGAAUGAUUAGUGCUGGAAUUGGUGCUGCCAUGGGCUUAAGAACUCGUGGUGCAAGAUGGCCUGAUGACAUGACGGUCCGAAGGAAAGUUUUGAUUGCCACACUUGAAUACGAAAUUACGGAUUGGAAGCUCAAAGUCAAAAUUGGAGGCUUGGGAGUCAUGUCUUCCUUGAUGGGGAAAGCAAUGCACGAUGUUGACUUGCUAUGGGUUGUUCCAAAGGUUAAAGAUUUGGAAUAUCCCGAGGCCGAACCUGCUCCACCGAUCGAAGUCACUAUCUUUGGCGAAAAAUACUUGAUAGAACUGCAAAUUCACAGACUUGACAAUAUCACAUAUUAUCUGCUCGACUCUCCCGUAUUCCGUGCAAAUACCAAGUCCGACCCCUAUCCGGCCAGAAUGGACGACCUUAGCUCGGCGAUCUUCUAUUCCUCUUGGAAUCAAAGUAUCGCAGAAAUCUGCCGAAGAACUCCAGACUUGGAUAUUUACCACAUCAACGAUUAUCACGGUGCAUUGGUACCGCUCUACUUGCUGCCUAUGGUACUUCCUGUUUGUCUAUCUCUUCACAACGCAGAAUUUCAAGGACUCUGGCCGCUUCGGACCAAAGAAGAAGCCGAUGAAGUCUGUCGAGCAUUCAAUUUAUCUAAGGACAUCUGUACGAAAUACGUGCAGUUUGGAAACGUAUUCAAUCUGCUCCACGCGGCUGCCAGCUUCAUCAGUCAUCACCAAAAAAGUGUGGGCGUUGCUGGGGUUAGUGACAAGUACGGGAAGCGCAGCUGGGCCAGAUACCCGGCCUUAUGGACGCUCAAAACGAUUGAUUCGCUUCCUAAUCCAGACCCCACUGACAUCGAAGCACUUGACGCCGCUCCCCGAAACAUGAAAGACGUGACCGUAGACGAAGCAGCUGAAGCUCAACGUCCUGAAGACAAGCGGAAAACACAAGAAUGGGCCGGCCUGCAUCAAGACCCCAAAGCUCAACUGUUUGUAUUUGUCGGUCGGUGGUCCCUUCAAAAAGGUGUGGAUCUUAUCGCGGACGUGUUUACAACUAUUCUUGAAAAGCGUUCCGACGUUCAGCUAGUCGCAGUUGGACCCGUUGUGGAUCUUUACGGACGAUUUGCCGCUGCAAAGCUAGCUCGGCUCAUGGAGCUGCAUCCUGGCCGGGUAUUCUCCAAGCCCGAAUUCACGGCUCUUCCGCCAUUCAUCUUUUCUGGAGGGGACUUUGCUCUUAUCCCAAGUCGUGAUGAACCCUUCGGAUUGGUGGCCGUAGAGUUUGGAAGAAAGGGUGCUUUGGGAGUUGGGAGUCGAUUGGGAGGUUUAGGCUUGAUGCCGGGAUGGUGGUUUCCUGUAGAAAGCGAUAGUACUGCUCACAUGCACUCCCAGUUUGCGAAGACCAUCAAGGCGGCUCUCAAGUCCACAAACGAAGAGAGAGCAGUGCUUCGUGCGCGCUCUGCUCUUCAACGUUUUCCGGUGCUCGAAUGGCGAAGUAGGAUGGAGAACAUGCAUCGGCGCUCUAUCAAGGCCUCACGGAAGUACGCAGGGACACUCGCCGCUGGCCCGGAUAUCCCUGUACAACCCCAAUCAGAUAUGAAGAUUGACAUGGAAGAGUUUCGGUCUGAUCCGUUUUCGACACGUGGCUCCAUGGACUCGUUUCGUGCUGAUCACUCUGAGGAAACUAUCACAGAUUUCACCAGGCAUUCGGUACAUUUAAGGCCUAGUCGCUCCCCAUAUAACCGCAAUGGUUCUUCUCCAACAGGCACAGAAUUAAACACUUCAACCUCCCCGCAUUCUCCCAGAACUAGUGAUGGUUAUGACUCUGAAGGGAGAGAUGCUUCUCCAUUGGUGACCAAGAGAGGUGCGCGGGACUCUCGUGUGUCUCAUGAGAUGGAUCGCCCCAUGGAUGGUAAGCGAAUAUCGGUUGCGCCGUCACUGCAUCCCAAUUACAAUGCCUCGCAGGAGGAAAAUGAUCAAUACGGAAGUUUCUUAACCAAAGCAAAUCGCCAACUAAAUCGAAAGCUUACCAAAAAACUUACAAUCACGUAUGGUAGACAAGCUGCCAAAGACCCAUUUAUUCCCGGUACCGCAACACCGACCACUGCCACAAUGACCGAGUUCAAUGAAGAAGAAUUGCUUCCCCCGGUUAGGCCCUUCGCUGGUGGAGGCGACCAUUCAAAGCGGAAAUCUUUUGAUUCUAUCAACUCCAUCAUGGAAGAACACGGGGCAGAGUCGCCUUUGAAUCAGGCUAUCGAAGGUUUCACUGAUGAGAACGGACAGGUCACCCAAGAGUUCAUUGCAAAGCUCGCCCAGUUAAAUUCGGCCAACUCAAAGGGUGACCUUUGUAUCGCAGAAUAUUUGGUGGCAGCUGAGAAAGCUUAUUUCAAGCAUGUGAGAGAUGACAAGCUUGCUUUAGCCAGAUCCCAGUUCGAUGGCGCAACGCUCCGCGGUUCGACCAAGAGGCCAAUUUCCCGCGCUAUGAGUGAAUGGUCUGUGAAAAAGCAUGCUCUGGAAAACGAUGAGGAAGAAGAACAGACUGAAGGCAGUGAUGAGCCUCUCGCUACAGUAGCCGAACUAAAUCAAUGGCAGAUCAGACUACAGAAGGUCUACUUCGGCUGGCCCGUCUACACGAUCUUGCUAGCCUUUGGGCAAGUCCUGGGAGCUACUAGUUUUCAGUUGUCACUACUUGGUGGUAGUAGCUCCCAAAGGACAUUUGAUCUGUACAUAAUUGGGGCCGUUAACAUCAUCGGAUCUGUAACGUGGUAUAUACUCAAUAGUGUCAAACCGGCGACAUGGUCACUCUCAUUGCCUUGGGUUUGUUUUGGUAUGGCUUUCUUCUUGAUUGGAUUGCCCUCACUAUCGCCAGACUUGAAAGUCUACAGCGUUAGACACCCUUUGAGUCUGCUCGCUUCAAGUUUCUACUCCUUCGCCUCGGCAGCCGGAUUUCUUUUCUUUAGCACCAAUUUCGGGGAGGAGGCAGGUGGAGGUACAGAUACUUGGGUGUACCGGGCUUGUGUAGUGCAAGGCACUCAACAAAUCUGGAUUGCUGCCCUUUGGUAUUGGGGAUUCAAAUUGCAAGGGACAAACCCAACAGAUACAGCAUCUGUACCGCCGGCAUGGAUCAACGCGUUCACUUUGACCUUGGCAAUCACGUGCUUUGGCAUUGGAUAUGUCUUGUACAUUGGACUGCCCAAUUACUACCGCAAUCUUCCCGGCCAGGUUCCCAACUUUGUGAAGACUCUAUUUCGCCGCAAGCUAGUAAUAUGGUACAUGGCCGCAGAAAUAUUGAGGGAUUAUUGGCUAUCGGGCCCCUAUGGGAGAAAUUGGUCCUUCUUGUGGACUGGUUCAGCUAUGCCUGUCUGGGCUACUGUUAUAUUGGUUUUCAUAUUUUUUGUGGUAGUUUGGGCUGUUGUGAUGAAAGCACUCAGUCAUGCUUCCAAGAAACAUACAUGGUUUCUGCCUAUCUUCGCGGUUGGACUGGGCGCUCCCAGAUGGUGUCAGAUGCUCUGGGGAACCAGUAGUCUUGCCACAUAUAUUCCAUGGGCCGGUGCAGCAGGUCCUUAUCUUGGUACUUCCCUAUGGCUCUGGCUAGGUGUCUUGGACGCGGUUCAAGGUGUUGGUUUGGGAAUGAUUUUACUCCAGACUUUGAGUCGGACGCACGUCGCAGCCACAUUAUGCUUGGCCCAAAUCAUUGGCUCGACGGCUGUUAUUGCCGCUAGAGCCACAGCUCCAAACCGGAUCGGACCGGGUAAUGUUUUCCCAGAUCUUGGCCUUUGGGACCGGACCGGGCAUCUCAGGGAAUCUCCCCUAGCCAAUUGGGAGUUUUGGGUGGCCCUGGCAUGCCAGUUGAUAAUUGUUGCCGGUUAUUUAGUAUUGUUUAGGCGAGAGCAACUCUCGAAGCCCUAG